AUGAGAGAAAACUCUUCAUUUUCUGGAGUAAGUACUUGUUAUAUUUUGUGGCUUUCAAUUCACAAUUUUUUGCGAUCGACUGUAUACCGAACAGGUUCUUCAAACUAAAACAGCGGCCACAAGUUGGACAUACCUAACUUAAACACGAUUGGCUUAACCUUAAAUUAUUCACGCAUUCAUUUUAGCACGUUUAUACAACUUUUUUUUUUUAAUGGACUCGAAAUUUCAUCUAUUUUUAAUUUAAUUGGCAAGACCCGAGUAAACUGCCAUUCAAGUCGAUUUGCGUCAAAGAAUUUAGGAUAUUUGACCAAUAUCGUGAAGUUGUCUAUUAUGCAAAAUGAACUUAUCUGCCUCGCAUGGGAACCACUUCAAAAAAACGUCACCUUUAACUCGCAGUACGGGAAGUGACAAUUUUGUUGUUGAGGAAUUCAGUAAUUCAAAUUGGUCUGGAUUAAGACCGAGCGACAGGGGGUCAACAAUAAUCACUACACAAUGGCUGUUUUAUGGAUAGGCAGUAAGGGACUGCCUGGUGAAUGGUUGGGAAAACACUGGUUUUUCUUGGCAAUUCACCACAGCAUUGUCACGCUUGUCAGAGCUAAUCGCAACAAGAUGCUCGCUCGCGCGCACCUUUUGAACAUCCACGCUGACCGUGGAACAAACACGCGCGCGAACUCGUAGCCCCUGCAGCGAUCGAUAUGUACUUUGACGCCUUUGUCUGCUUGUGAAGGCGGUAAUUACUAAACGCCGAGAAAACAAACUGAUAUGUCCGGCUCACAUUGUCCGCCAGUUUUACCGAAACCACAGCAAAGAACGAAACUGGGCCGCAAAGCUGAGUGACAUUUCGGUAGACUAGCGGCAGUAUCUUCAUAUUAACGACUGUUUGCACUUCUUCGUUUGUUUAGGACACCCAAGCGUUAGAGAACAGUGGAAUCAACCCCAAGCACGUAGUAAAUAAUCGCAUGGGCGUGUGGAGGUACGAACGAGUGUACUCGAGAAACAGUGGCAGGUUCCUUCGAAUGUACAAUGGAACUAUAGACGGCAAGGGAGACAGACGUGAUCCAAAUGGUGAGUAACCUAGUUAGAAACGCGGUCAGUAUAAAACAUGGACUGCGGACUGCGGACUGCGGACCACGGACUGCGGACUGGGUAUAAAAUACGGACUAGGUAUAAAAUGCGGACUCCGGACUGAGUAUAAAACACGGACUAGGUAUAAAACGCGGACUACGGACUAUGACGACUUUAAAAAGGUAAAACUGAGAGAAAUGGAAAGCGGACUAGCAAAAACAGUAGUCCCAGCUUUAACAUUCCCUUGGCUGUUCACUUUGUCUAUUCUUCCCACGGAGAAGGAAGGUCAUGCCGGUACUCAAGGCAACUGAAACUAAACUCUGAAUUUUAUAAAAAGAGGGAGUUAGAAGAGAUUUCAAUUUGCAGUUUUAAACCAAUACGAAGCACCGAAUUUAAAAAAAUAGUGCUGGUGUUAGUCAGAUCAGUAAAAUUCUUAUCGGAUGCCAUAAUUCCGUUUCAAAUAAAGCCUUGCGAAUACGAGGACUGAAUGAAGAACUCAGACGAGAAGGUCAAUGUAGGGGCAUUCCGCGAUGCACAAAAGCAGUAUUUAGGGGGAAGGGAUUACUCUCAUACGUGAAUAAUAACCGAAAUGAGUUAUCCAAUGUUAUAUUCUAAGCGAUGAUUAUGAUGGCAUGAUUUACACCCUGCUCCUGAUCCCCGGACGGUGGUACUACUGGGUAUUCUUGGUGGGGGUGUGGUGCCCGGUUCUCCGAAUCCUGACCUUAUUGCAGACCAAAAAAUGUCAUUUUCCACAUCCGUUUUCAGACCAGAUCUCUAAAAUCCAUACCCAUUUUCGGAUCUGGCCUAAUUUGGCCUGUUCCAGGCUCUCAGAUAGUUGGGGAAACUCCCCAGUUUUGUCCCGUUUUAUUUUCGUGUUUUCGCUUUCUUAAUUCAGCGGACCCAACUAUCUCAGAGCCUGGAACAGUUUAGGUCUAAUUAGGCAGAAAUUAUGUCAUCAUUACCAAGUAAGAGGGGAAACAAAAAAGUUCUCCAAAUGCAUUUCGAAUUCGCACAUGCAUUUCUAUUUCGUUCUUAUUCAUUUCAAGACGAUAAAUACGUCCAUUCAUGUACGCUCCCGAAGUUCCCUCGAAAACCAUACCCGAUUCCACACCAAAAUGGGCAAAGUGUUUUCAGACCAAAAAGACCCCAAGCCCCUGCCCUUCCAUUAUAUAAUGACAAUGACAAUGACAAUGUUUUAUUUACUUGGAGUCUUAUACAGUCCUACGUACAUUGACUUUAUCCAAAUAAUUCAGAAUCAUAACACAAAUUGCACACUAGAGGACACUAGUAGUUAUAUAAGGGAGUACCACCCCAGAUCCUGACCCCUUUCAUGAUUGUUAGAGACCGAGACAAGGUCUAAAAAUGGGUGAAGAAAAUAGCAUUUUGAUCCGGCUCAUGAUUCAGAGAACCGAGCGGCCCACCUCCACCAAGACUGAUUUAUAGGAGUAUUUACAACUUUAACUCACGUGUCUUGCCAUUUAGCGAUCUUUUGAUCCUAUUUUUCCUUACCUAGAACCAAAUAGCACCGUUUUUACCAAAGUAGUCCGUAGUCCGUAUUUUAUACCCAGUCCGCAGUCCGCGUUUUAUACCUUGUCCGUGUUUUAUACCCAGUCCGUGUUUUAUACCUAGUCCGUAUUUUAUACGCAGUCCGCAGUCCGUAGUCCGCAGUCCGCAGUCCGUGUUUUAUACUGACCGGUUAGAAACGCUGCACGCGGUGAUCUAACCGGACCCUCCAGAUGUGGGAAAUUCAUGGUGACGGGAGAAAGCGGAAUGCCAUAUUCUUUUAUUUACAUCGGCUUCUCAAAAAUUACCAGUCUAGUUUACACAGAUUUGACAAGCGCGCGCGGCAGCGGGUGCCAGCGGUAAUUUCAGAGAAGCAAACGUUGAUCAAACAACCAGGCUGAAGUUGUCUGCCAAUUCACUGCCAGUUCGCCGGCUGCCAAUUCGACAGGCUGAAGUUGUCUGCCAAUUCGAUUUAAGGCACAUGUAGUGGAAUUUGCACGCUUGGCCAGAGAAGGCAAAUAAAGCCGGUUGUGUACAGUGUCUUUUUCAAAUUACGGAAAAGGUGCGAAACGAGAUCAUUCUCUUUCUCCGUGCUACUGCCUAGCUGAUGGAACACUGAGCUCCACGCGUGUACUAGUUGAAGUGCAUACUAGCGUGACAGCUAUAGUGAUCCAGCUUGAUUUGCUAUGCCUACUUGUGUGACGAUAUUAUCAUUUGUUUUGUAGUCAAGAUCAUGGUGGAAUCAGUAGGAACUCAAAUUAUAUUGAAGUCAUACGACGGAAGCGUAUGUAUCUGCGUCGAUGACCACGGAGUGGUGAUAACUAGGGUAAGUGAUUUUCAUCAAACU